GGCGGCCAGCGGAGCCGGCCGGGCAGCGGCCGCCGCCGUCCCGAGUGCGCGGGGCGCGCGGGAGGAUGGAGCUCAACUCGCUGCUGAUCCUCCUGGAGGCGGCCGAGUACCUGGAGCGCAGGGACCGAGAGGCCGAGCACGGCUACGCCUCCGUCCUGCCCUUCGACGGCGACUUCGCCAGGAAGAAAACAAAGGCGGCGGGCCUGGCGCGCAAGGCCCCGAACAACAGGUCUUCACAUAACGAAUUAGAGAAGCACAGACGAGCCAAACUCAGGCUAUACCUGGAGCAGCUGAAGCAGCUGGUGCCCCUGGGCCCCGACAGCACCCGCCAUACCACGCUGAGCCUCCUGAAGCGAGCCAGGAUGCACAUCAAGAAACUGGAGGAGCAGGACCGCCGGGCCCUGAGCAUCAAAGAGCAGCUGCAGCGCGAGCACCGCUUCCUGAAGCGGCGCCUGGAGCAGCUGUCGGUGCAGAGUGUGGAACGUGUGCGCACAGACAGCACGGGCUCUGCUGUGUCCACCGACGACUCAGAGCAAGAAGUGGACAUAGAGAGCAUGGAGUUCGGAUCCGGGGAGCUGGACAGUGUGGGCAGCGGCAGCGACGUGGAUGACCACUACAGCCUGCAGAGUGGCGGCUGCGGUGCCAACUUCGGGCCUCCCUGCCGGCGGCCUGGCCGCCCUGGCCUCUCCUAGGCCAGCGCCCUUCACUCCUUGGCCUGCCCGCCCGGCUGAGCGUGUCAGCCCUCCUGUCCUCCCUUGACCGACACCAGCCUCUCCACGGGCCACUGCUGUGCCAUUCUGGAAGCUCCAGCUGCCGCCUGGGCUUGUCUGCCUGCCUGCCUGCUGGUCAGGGCCCGCCGAGCCGCCCGCCCGUCCUGCCCGUGCGGGGCCCAUGGCAAGGGCAACAGGGCAGAGCACUGCGUGGUCGCCCACGGUCUGUCAUCAGAUUCCUAAUCAUUCCAGAAGUAUUAAAUGUUCAUUGCUGCAAA